AUGACUUCGAGGCCAACAUACAGCGAACAGCAAUUGGAAUUGUAUCUGGAGCGCAUCGGAUACUCAACCUCUGGAGGCCGUCUCCAAAAUCUUCGUCAGAACAUCGACCAAGAUGCUCUUGGCACACUAGGUGAACUCCAAAGGCGUCAUAUCGCUGCUAUUCCUUGGGGCAACUCAGCAUUGCAUUAUUCGCAGCACCAUACCAACUCUCUCAACCCGAAAUGGAUGUUUGAGAAGAUGGUAAGCCGGCGGCAUGAUGGGUACUGCAUGGAAAGCACUGGCAUGUUUCUGAUUGUCUUGCGAUCGCUGGGGUAUACCGUCUACCCCACAGCGGGCAGAGUCAGUCAUGCAGCAGUCAAAGGUGUGGACGAUGGGCUUUACCUGGCAUUUAAUCAUAUGGUCUUGAUCGUAUGCAUCCAAGGCGAGAAGUAUAUGGCUGACGUCGGCUUUGGAAACAACUGUGCCACUUCUCCGCUGCCGCUACAAGAGUUUGCUACUGCUGCGUUCAUCGCGCCCUCCGAGAUGCGGUUGGUCAAGGAGAGUAUCGCCGAGUUCGAGAAUCCAAGCCAGAAAGUUUGGAUUUAUCAAGUGAGAUACAACCCCGAUAGCGCCUGGCUGCCCCAGUUCUGCUUUUCCGACAUCGAGUUCCUGCCGCAGGAUUUCGAGGUCAUGAACUUCUCCGUCAGCCAAAGCCGAACUAGCAUGUUUAUCAAAACUGUGAUCUGCACGCGGAUGCUCCUGAGCCUAGAUGGAUCGGAGGUCAAGGGCCAGUGUGUGAUGGCGGGACGCGAGGUCAAACGGAGAAUACGUGGGCAGACCGAGGUCCUGGAGACUUUGCAGUCGGAAGGGGAUCGCGUCGCAGCAUUGGCGAAGUACUUUGACAUGCACUUCCACGAGGAUGAAAUCCAAGGAAUUCAAGGCAUGACCUCGGAGAUCAUUUGA